AUGAAAAGAUCGGCCCCACCACCCGGCCGUUCUAUCUCACCACCGCCGGUGAAACGAAAAGUCCAGUCCAUAACUACCAACAAAGCGGUUGCGAGUUUCUUCAAACCUGCGUCGCAAAAGGAACCCGAGAAAUUGACAUGGCGGAAUGUCGAAAAGACCCUCAUCGUGGGUCGAUACGAUGCAUCCAAUGUCCCUCCUCACACUCGUACACUCCCCGUCAAGGUUGCUGCUUUCGACCUAGAUGAUACUCUCAUUGUCCCAAACACUGGGAACAAAUGGGCUCGGACGGCAACCAGCUGGAGAUGGUUGGAUCAAUCAAUCCCUGGUCGAUUGAGAUCACUUUAUUCUGAGGGUUACCUUGUUGUCAUUUUGAGUAACCAGGGAAAUAUCAGCUUGAAAGAUAAUCCGAAAUCCCUUCAAAAGGACACAGCGAGCCUUACCAACCUGAAAGCCCAAGUCACCGCCAUUUUCAGGCAGCUCGAUUUGCCAAUCAGCAUCUACGCGGCAACCGGCCAGGACCGCUAUCGAAAGCCUCGGACCGGUAUGUGGGAAGAAGUCCUCGAGAAUUAUGACCUGCAAGCAGCGGGUGCCGUCGAUUUGAGCAAUUCGUUCUAUGUUGGUGAUGCUGCAGGAAGAGCAAAGACAGAUAAACGACGAAAAGACCACUCAACCUCUGACAGGGACCUAGCGGCCAACAUAGGCAUAAAGUUCUACACGCCGGAAGAAUACUUUCUCAACGCCACUGCAGAAUCUUAUGAACACGUCUUCGAACCAGCGAAAUAUCUUGAAAGACAACAGUUCUCAGAACUUUCAUCCGCCAGCCUGGAAAAGACUACAGUAUCGGCUCCAUUCACCAAGAACAGCCCCCAAGAAUUGGUCAUCUUUUGUGGCUCACCAGGUGCUGGGAAGAGCACGUUCUAUUGGGACGUUCUGCAGCCAUUGGGAUACGAAAGAGUAAAUCAAGACAUCCUCAAGACGCGCGACAAGUGUAUCAGGAAGGCAAGAGAGUUUUUGGGUGCUGGUUUGUCCGUGGCUAUAGACAAUACCAAUGCGGACGUUGAGACCCGGUCGUACUGGGUCAGGCUGGCGCGAGAAUUCAAUGUGCCUAUCCGAUGUGUGCAUUUUACAGCCCCGACUCGUCUCGCUGAGCAUAAUGAUGCUGUCAGGGCCCUGAAUCCCAACACGAUGAACCCCGAGAAGCGAACCAUUCUUCCCGGAAUUGCGUUUGCUUCGUUCGUGAAGCGCCACCAGCCGCCCACUUUGGCCGAAGGCUUCCAAGAUAUCUACCAGGUCGAUUUCGAGUUCAAGGGCACCGAGGAGCAAAGGCAGCUGUGGUCGCGGUACUGGGUUUCCAAAUUCUCCACGUGA